AUUACAAGAAUUUAAAAAGCUAUUUUAUACUAAUCUUAUGUUAUUUAUAAUGCCGAAUAUAAUAUUAAAGUAAAAUUACAAGCACGGUAUGUACAUGUGGCACUUCAUUUUGCAUACAUUUAAUUCUCGAUUGAAUUAUUUUUUAUUAUUAAAAGAAUUAAAAUUCAAUUUCGUUUUGGAGAAUACCCUGCGUUCUUUACAACAUAAUAAUCCGUCCUUUGUUUUGGUCGACAAAGAUACUCCUCCCUCUUCGAACGAUAGCCAAAAUAAUAUAAUCGAGCAGCAAUUCUUGAUCGAGCGUUAUAUUAAAGAGAAUGAAAUUCUUAGACAGUGAAUAUUGCAGGAAAACGAGUUCACUAUUAUAACCGUUAAGCGAACGAUUUCUCAUUAAAAGUAUAAUUAAUGUGCAUACUUGUGAAUAUACGUGGAUUUUGAAUUUUUUUAUAUAUUAAUAUACAUAUAAUUCCAGAGUGAUUGAGGAAGCUGUGUAUAAUCGAAAGGAGAAUGUUUAAUUAUAAAGAUAAGUAAUGAUAUUGAGUUAUUGAAAUACUACUUAAAAACGAAAAAUGUAAAUUAUAUAGUUAAGUGUAGAGUUUUAACAAUGUGGACUUCUUAUAGUGCAUUAAAAAUUGCAAAAGCCAUAGCUAAAUUGUUAAGCGAAGUCUAAAGAGCCCGGCGAUUUUGUCAGCUCGUUACAUUGUAAUACCUCGUUAUAUCAUUCUACAAACUAAAUAUGAGCCAAAAGAAGAUAACAUAUAUUGAGAUCUGGCAAUUAUUAACGGAUCUUACUGAUUCUCACUGAUAAUUUCGUUUUGAAUGGUACAUGUAUUUGACGUAUGCUCGCUGGACCUAUAUCUUAAGUAUUAGACGCAAUUUAAUAAUCGUAUUAGCUUGGUAACGCGGUAAAUAUAAUAUAAUUAUCAUGAUGUAACCUUGUAGUAAAAGAGCACGAUGUUUCUGCAUCCGCUGAGGUAGGAUAAUGGUCGUUACAAGGGGCAUGCAAAUUCAUGUAUCAUUUGCGAGAACAGAUUUCAAGAUUUUGUUAAGAUCACUAUGUUUAGUAUUGUGAACAUAUGUGAUGCUGAUUAUAUAGCGACGAAUGCCAGAUUUAAUUUAUGUAUCAAAUAUCGUAACAAAAAAGGAAAUAAUAAUAAUUAAAAAGCAAUUGUCAUCUGUGAGAUGUUUGAAACAUUAAUAUAUCGAGGAACAUAAGAAUAGAAAACGAUAAAAUCCAUAGAAACCGAGAUUCAUCCAUGCUGUAAUGGAAAAAAUAAGACUAUCGUAUUUCCGAGCGAGAAUGUAAAGUUUGUAGACGCACGUAAUCUAUUUUAGCAUUUUAUUAAUGUUAUAUCUUGCCGAUAUUAUAUAUCUCUAUUAUUUGUAAAAGCAUCCCACAUAUUUCUGGUUAUUCAGAAAUGGAGUUUCUGCUGAAAAAGGAGGAAAUGUCCCAAAGCGAGCUCAUAAACACGCUUGAGAGAAAUGUGAGUAUUUAUACGAUUUAACAUUUUCAUACUCCCAAAAGCCGACAUCAAUUAUUCUAAUUCCGAUUUACUUAAUUCGUUUUGCGAUCUAACUGAAACUUCAUUGUUGUCACGGGAAUGUCUAAAAACGAAAUUGUAUGACAUACUGAUAUUAAAAAUACGUAUUAUUGAGUUAUUUAGCAUAAAAAAAGCAUUUACAGUGGGCGUACAAAAAAUGAAGUUCGACAACUAUAAUUCAUGGAUAUAAAAGAAUGGAAAAGUGCAUUAACGUUUAUUUGAAAAAAUGACAAAAAAGUAUAUUAUAAAUAAAGACCAGCAAAAAAUAUAAGACUAUCGGUUUUUAUUUAGGUAGCGAUAUUGAAAACCGAGAAUCAUUACAAUUUAAGAAUUAAUCAUGAAUUAGAAUCUAAGCUCAUGGUAUUCAAUAACAUUUCACGGGGUCUUGAGAAUAAACUUGACUCUCUAUGGAAUUUAAUCGAUCCGCAUCAUCCGGGAGGUAACGAAAUAAAACAGUUUAUCGAUAAGAUUUCGAAUUCAUGGAUCUCUAUCAAUCGGCAGAUUUGUGAUAAAUAUUCUAAGAUUCGUAUGGCAAGUAGAACAUUACAUGGAGUCCCAUUAUCACUGCUAUUGGAUAAAGUAAAAAAAGAAGUGAUCUUGUUAAAAGUAUGUCUGCAGGCUCAUGAUCCUUCUUAUAACCGUGGUCAUGCCUUGGAAGGAUACAAGUUAAUUAACGAAGUUGAGAAACUUCUGAAUAACUUAGAGAAAUGUGAUUAUAAGUUACAGCAAUAUUUAUCAAUAUCAAACAUUAUUCCGCAUAUUACAAAACUAGAAUCAGUGGUGGACAAUUAUGUUUCCAAUGUUGAGUUAUUGCCUAUGCAAAAGUCAUUUUUAUCUGAUUUGAGUACGUUUUCAUUUGUUGUGAAGUUACUAACAGGUGAAUUGCUAGGAUAUGAGCCAUUAGAUCCUAAUCAAAUUCUGGCAGAGAAUGUACCCAAAAAACCAGUUUUGAUUAUCAAGAAUAUUAAACGUAAAAUUAUCUGUCCUUAUUAUCCAACAUAGAAUCAAUGUGUAUGCGCACAUGUAUACAUCUCAAUUCCAAUAAAUAUUUAUUGCAUAUUUUUGAAAGCAGUUUGCAUCUACAUGUGAAGCAAUAUAAAAUAUUGACAGAAAAUGAAAAUGUUUCAAUCAUCUUAAUUAAUGUCUUUAUUUACUUAAUGACUGAUAUUUGGCAACGUGCUGCAAAAGGAAUAGAAUUUACAGCGAUAAAUUCUUAUCGAAUCUAUACAUAAUAUAUUACUUUACAAUAUACAAAGGUACAAUAUAUUUUUAUCUAGUCAAGCAGACAAAUGACUUAAAUAUUGGAAUUUAGUUAAUUAAGGGGGAUAUAUAAUAACACACUGUACUCGAGUAAUUGUAUAGAAGGGGACCUUAUUAAAAAUUGUGAGGAUCAAAUUUAUUAUAUGAUGUAUGGAAACAAAACCAAGUGGUGUUCAUGGAAUGAAAAUGGGAGAUCUGGUAUAAUAUACAUAUACAUAAAAGUCCAGAGUCAUUGUUUUAUCGUUAAAAUGCUACAGUCCACUGGUAAGUGUGAUAUCAAAUUUUGAUAUUUGAAGACUAGAUUAGAAAAUACCUUCAAGAUCUGGUAAAGUGGGUGGUGCAAGUCUUAGAGUAAGAUCUUUACGCAUAAAUUCAGGUGGUAGAAUUUGUUUAUGUUCCUGCAAAAUAAUGGCAUUUUUUAACAUAAUACUAUCAAAAUAUAGUAUGAAUUAACCUUUUAAGGACGAAUGUCGACAUAUUGACAAUAUCAAGUGUAUGCAAAUAAAUAUUAUUCAUAUCACAAAAGAUUAGAUCUUAGAUUAGAUUAAAUUUUACAUGUAAUCCAGUUCUCGGAGAAAGAUUCUUUUAAUAUUUUAAGUCCUCGUCCACAAAGGGUUAAUAACAAGAAUAAUUGCAAUAUUGCUUACAUGGAAUGAUCUGGUAGGACGUGUGAUAUUAGUAACAAUGGGAGCCCAUCCCUUCGAGUGUAAACACUUAUAGCAAGAUCUCGGUUCGCCCAAACAUUCUGAAUGAAAACCAUGACCACAACUGAAAACUAUUGCAUAAUCCGUGCAUUGUGACAACAAAUGACGACAUAUUGGGCAAAUCAGUGAUAUACUAGCACAUGCUUUUCCUGCAUCCCUAAAUAUAAAGAUUCAAAUAAUUAAACAACUUUUAAUAUCGAUUCAAUGUUUAACAUUGAUGUUGAUUCAUUUAAUACCUUAACGAUUUUUUGAGUGCCUUGUGAAGCUCUAAACUGACCAUAUGUGCAGUAGUUUCUACUAAAGUUUGCUCAUAUCGAGAAUGUGUAAGUACUCCAGAUAGCAAUUGUCUUAUAUCGCCUAUUGUACCACUUGUUGCCAGUGGAUGUUUUAGAAUUUGUUCUAGCACAACGGACAGUGCCGUUGUACCACUCAGAAAUUCUAACACGAUCCUUAACAGUUUACCACUUAAUUUUUCAACUGCAAUUCAACAUAGUUAAUUCUUAUUUGUAAAUAUAAAAACUAUAUUAUUGGUAUAUUAUUAUACUGCUAACUAAAAUACCUCUUUCAUUGUUACUAUUUGAAUGAGUUUUAAGUAUGUUUUCAACAAGCGGCAUCCAAUCUAAAUUUCCAGCAGACCUUCUGCACAACCCAGCCAAUUGUACAGUGGUAUGAAUUGUUUCAUUUUCUGAAAUCUCGUUUCGACAGUACUGGAAAGAAGCAUUCAUGAAAUGCCUAUAAAUCAAUUACUGCAUUUGGGAAUUCUUAUACAUCUUCAAUUAUCAACUGAAGGUAAUUGGAAAAAACAAAUAUCAAAUUCUAGUUUGACAUAUCAAAAUCUCUGAGAAUCACCUAUUUGUUCUAAAAAUAUAAAAUUUAUGUUUGAUCAUAUUAUCAAUAUUUAUUUCUAUAUAAUAUAUUUACCAGUUCGAGAUUAUUUUGAAACUCUUUCAGAAGAAUUUCAAAUGCAUCCUGAUAAUUGCCCAACUUUUCCAACAUUACAGCUUCUGCAUCUUUAUGCUUUGCUUUUUGAACUAUACUAAGUGCUUUGUUCAGUCUACAACCAUGGGCACCUUGAAUAUGAUGAACUACCUGUAUUCAGAUAAUAAUUAAUUUCCGAAAUAACGAGUUUUCAAAUAUGAGUAUAAUUGAAAAUUUUACUUACACAUUCUGGUUGCAUGUCGCACAUUAAUUCCAAAUACUUUUCUAACAAUUCGAUUGAGAGCUCUAAUGUAAUGUCUUCUUCUUUAUAUUGGACUAUUUGAUACAAAGCUUCCAAUAGGAUAUACUGCAAACUUGGGUUAUUUGUUAGCUUUCGUAUGAUUUUUUCAAUACUAUGUUGCAUAUGUGUUGCUAUAAGCAUCGCAAAUUGAUUUGCAUUGAUUCCUACUAGAGCUUCAAUGUUAACCAUAACAACUUCUUGUAAUGAACUCUGCGAAAGACGUUCUAACCAGGGCCAGAUAUCAUGGUGUCUGAAUGGAUGCAGUACCAUACAUUUGCAAACUGCAAUCCAGUCUUCUCUGGCACUGUACAGCAACUCCGCAACUUGCAUACUGUAACAUUAUGUACUGCGAUACAAGUUACUAUGUAUGAUGCUACCAGCAUUAAUAAAAUUAUGGAAUUUCUUGAAA